CAAUUACGCCGAAAGAAGGAAGUUCCCUACACUGUUUCUCAACAAUGCCCGAAAUUAUCGUUGCACUAGACGUUUGCCAGCAUGAUAUGCCGGCCUUCCGUACCCCGCACACUCUUAUCGAAUACCAUAACACGAAAGGAACUGAGGUAGCAGAGCGUCUCCGUCAUGCCACUAUCGCCGUGACUUCUGCGGUCCCUAUUACCGCCGAAACCGUUGCUCAAUGCGCUCAUCUCAAACUCGUCUGCGUGUCAAUUGUCGGAGUUGAUCACAUCGAUGUUCAGGCAUGUCGGGCGCGCGGAAUCCGCGUCUGUAGUACACCCGCAGCGACUACAGAAGCCGUUGCCGAACAUGCAAUUGCGCUGUAUUUCGCUGCCAAGCGAAAUAUUGUUCGGGCGCAUAACUGGGUGCUUUCUGGGAAGGAGUGGGAGCUUGAGCCAACGGGGAUGACUGCCUAUGACCGAUUACCCACUCCCAUUAGCCAAGAUACAAUGGGGCUCGUCGGCUAUGGCAAGAUUGGGAAACAGAUUGAAAAAUUUGCGCGAGCUUUAGGUAUGAACGUCUUGAUCGCAGACAGACGGGGAAUACCCGAUGCGAGCAUCCGAGAUGGACGCUCUGCGUUUGAGAAUGUGCUUCGGCAAUCGACCGUUCUCGUGUUGACUUGCCCGUUGGACGAGUCGACGGCCAAUAUGAUAUCCGAAAAGGAGUUGCAAUUGAUUCAGUCAUCUGGUAUCGUGAUCAACGUCGGCCGAGGGGGUCUUGUCAACGAAGAAGCUAUAGUUGCGGCCCUGAAGGCCGGAAAGAUAGCCGGCUAUGCAACGGACGUAUUCCCGGUCGAGCCAGCCACCAAGCAGAAUAGUUUAUUGCUCUCCAGUGACAUCCCAAAUUUGACAUUGUCACCACAUUUGGCCUGGUAUAGCUCGAAGAGCAUCGAGCGUCAGCAAGCCAGCAUUCAAGCGAUCGUGGAUGGAUUCGCAAGUGGGAAUUGCGUGAAUGUGGUUUGUUAGUGACGCGACGCGACGCGCAUCAGGAAACCCGCAAUCUUGGUGGAACCACAAAUGGCUGGAUCGCCGUAUUUCUGGGCCUUCUGGAUCCCUCAACCAUAGGUACCUACAAUAGACAUAGCAUACAGAGAGUGGAAAUCACUCAAAACCGAGAAAUCUCCUACAGUACUCCGUACUUAACUACAGGAUCUCAAUCCAAUGCAGGUCUUGUAACUUGACGCUACUCUCCCACGCAAGCCCCGCAGUUCUCCUCUGUUUCGGCUUUUGCUGGAAUAUGCGUGCGUACAAGACGACAACCGCGAGUCCUUG